AUGACUUCAGUUUGCGAUGCUAUGCUUUCAUCAGAUGAGGAAGACGAACAGAAUGAUGAUGUGCUUGAAGCGACAUCAAAGGCAGACUCAGGAACGAAGGAGUCUUCGGAAGAAGAAGAAGGCAGUUCAAGCGAAGAUGAGUUAGAAGAAGGAGAGGAACUGAACCAGCUGCGUCAAUCCGCAACUCCCAUCGAUCAUUCAUCGUCAACGAAGUCAUUUUCGGAGUUGGGAUUGAGGUCCUGGCUUAUCCAGCAGCUAAAUACGAUGCGCAUCGUUAAGCCUACUCCAGUGCAGGUGAUAUGUUUUGUUCUCUCUCGGAGAAAAUACCGCAAGUUUUCUGCUGAAUUGGGUCGCUAA